AUGUCAUUCACAGUCAAUGCAGAAAUUUCCCAAUUCAACGGGAAAUUAUUUAAAUUAUCUCAUGAUUCAGAAACUACUCAUACCAAGAUGGACGUUAACGUCUUCCUUCCAUCUGGACCAUCAGAAAAGAUCCCAGUCCUUUUAUACCUUUCAGGUUUAACUUGUACCCCUAAUAAUGCUUCCGAGAAAUCAUUCUUCCAGUAUUUUGCAAACAAAUUCGGUUUUGCUAUCAUUUUCCCUGACACUUCUCCUAGAGGGGCUGGCAUUGAAGGUGAAGAUGAUUCGUGGGAUUUUGGUACAGGUGCAGCAUUCUACGUUGAUUCCACCCAAGAGCCAUGGUCUAAAAACUACAACAUGUACUCAUACGUUCAUAAGGAACUCUUGGACAAGCUCGCCGCCUACUAUCCUCAAUUAGACAUCAAAGAUAACAUCAGUAUUACUGGUCACUCAAUGGGAGGUUAUGGUGCUCUUGCUGGAUUCUUCAAGAACCCAGGCAGGUACAAGUCAGUUUCAGCAUUUGCUCCAAUUAGUAACCCACUGAAUUGUAAGUGGGGUGAAAAAUGUUUUGGAAACUAUCUUGGUGAAGACAAAGAAAGCUGGUAUCAAUACGAUCCGACCCAUUUGAUCAAGUCAUACAAGGGACCAACCCCAGACAUUCUUAUUCACCAAGGUGCUCAAGAUGGUUUCUACACCAAGGAUGAACAAUUGCAACCCGAAAACUUUGUUGCUGCAGCCAAGGAAAGUGGCUACGCCGGAAAGGUUGACUUACAUGUAGUAGAUGGGUACGAUCACCUGUACUUUUUCAUCAGUUCAUUCGCAGAAGACCAUGCCAAAUUCCACGCUAAGUAUUUGGGAUUAUGA